AUGACCUCAACCUCGGACUUUGCUGUCGUUAUCUGCCAUGGUAACUACUAUACUCUAGAGCCCUAUAUGCCUUUAGUAGAGGCCUUAAAAGCAGAAGGAAUAGAGGCAUUUUGCCCUCAGCACCAUACCUCGGACCUAACCAAGCUAAAUGUUGGAGGCAUAAACAAUCCUAACUUCGACCGGGAGCCUCCAAAAGGGGGAUAUCCGCAAGGCGAAGAGGAAACCGAAGUCAUUCUUGAUACCCUUCGUCAUGUAGUUAGCCGUGGUAAAAAAGUUCUCCUGAAACACCGGGUAGACGGGCUUAGUACUAUAGUCGAAGCUAACAAAUACCUAUUUAAUGACAUUGAAGCAUCUGCUGCGGAGAGAUGGGCAGCCGCUCUUACAGCCGCACCUGUUUCAACUACAAAACUGACGAAUAAUGCAUAUGCCGCCCUUCAUUGUGCCUAUUUGGUACUAGAAGGGAACCUAACGCUGCCUAAAGAAUACCAAGAAGCAAUGGUAGCUGCCCAGAGCCGAAAAACUGGUGAAUUCUCAGUAUAUAGGUGCUCAGCUGGUCAUUCUCCUCACUUGAGCUGGACUCGGGGCGUUGUCAAUACUGUACAGGACUUCAAGAAGAUUGAAGAUCAGCGGGGCUGA